AUGCAGAAUCCAUCAUGUCUGCUCUAUGGACCGGGAGACGCCCGUUUCGAAGACCUCCCACUCCCAGCCAUCGAAGACCCCCUUGAUGUGAUCAUUCGCAUCGCCUACGUGGGUGUUUGUGAAAGUGACGUCCAUUUCUGGACGCAUGGUGGUGUUGGGAAAUUCGUCUCGCUCGAGCGACCCCUGGCUUUGGGCCAUGAAGCUUCGGGUAUCGUGUACGCUGUCGGCCCUGCAGUCAUGGACCUCCAACCAGGUGAUCCAGUUGCCAUCGAGCCUGGUUACCCAUGUCGUCUUUGCAGUAGCUGUAAAGUUGGCAAAUAUAACCUUUGCCCGAAGAUGAAGUUCGCGGGAAGUCCACCACAUACCCAUGGCGCUUUGUCGAAGUAUUACAAGUUGCCAGCGGACUGCUGCUACAAGAUCCCCACGAACACGCCCACACCUCUAAGGCUAGAUGAGGCGGUGCUCAUUGAGCCGCUCGCUGUUGCUGUACAUUCUGUUCGACAAGUCAGGAUUCAGCCUGGAGAAAAGGUUGUUGUUUUCGGCGCGGGGACGGUGGGACUACUCUGUGCAGCUGUGGCAAGGGAGUACGGGGCCAGUAUGAUCAUAUCUGUGGAUUUGAGUCGUGAUAAGCUGGACUUUGCGCAUUCAAUUGUACCCAACGGACGGGUCAAUUUCUCAACUGCUAUUCCCAACCCGUCGCUCUCGGCAGAGGAAAAUGCGCAGUGUCUCCGCGGGAUGCAUCGCAGUUCGCUCUUUAUGGACGAUGUGCUUGGAUUUGAUGUUGCAAUCGAAUCGACAGGUGCGGAGUCUUGCAUUCAGGUUGCAAUCCAUUCACUCAGGGUUGGAGGGUCGUUCGUGCAGACGGGUCUUGGGAAGAGAAAUGUUAGUUUUCCGAUCUCGACUGUCUCGGAGAACGAGAUAAACGUCAAGGGGUGUUUUCGAUACGGACCUGGGGACUAUAAAAUGGCCUUGGAAUUUGCGCUGACGAAGAAGAUCGGGCUUAAGCCAUUCAUUACGAAGGUGGUGCCGUUUGAGAAUGCCGUUGAAGCUUGGGAGACGGCAAAAAGAGGGGAGGGAAUCAAGACGCUCAUUCGGGGUGUUGGGUUUUCGGAUGGGAGCGAACAUACUCAUACUUCGUUGUCUCCGAGACGGAGGAGUGGAAGUCGGGAAAGAAACGAGUACAUUGUGAUUGAUGAGGAGUAG